CCACUGAACGGAAAUUCUUCCUGUUCCAGACUGCCCAGGGGCUCUUCUCCAACUGCAUAUAUAAGUGGAAGCAGAAGUGGGCUCAUUGAACUUUGCAAAGGAGAAAGCUCUAGUGAGAGUGAAGCUCCAGUGAGAGUGAACUGUUCUGCAACUGAGAAAGCAAAUACCUAGGUUAAAAGUCUAGAGUCAUGGCUGACAGAGACAGGAGACCACCUCCACCCACUCAUGUUGGGCGCAGCAACAUCCCUCCCGUCUCCUCUAACGUAGAGGAAGAAGCCCUCCCUGAGUUUGAACCCUUUGGCAUUCCCAGAGGACCACCCAAUCUGAAAGAUUUCCUAGACAUAUGGGAUGUUAACAUGCUGAAGAAUCGAGAUGAAAUUAACAAAAAGGAGCACCACACAGAUCUGUAUGACAACGUCAAACUAAUUGUGCGUCGGGGGCAGCCGUUCCAGAUCAAAUUAACAUUCAGCCGGCCUUACAACCCUGAGAAGGACCAGUUCUGUGUUGAGUUCCUCAUUGGUGGUUCUCCGCAAGUGAGCAAAGGCACUUAUAUCCCUGUAUUCCCCAACCAAGAGCAAGUAAAAGGCGAAUGGGGAGGCAGAAUACUGCAGAGUGCAGAUAAUGUUGUCACCCUGUCCAUCACUCCUGCUGCAGACUCCAUUGUGGGAAAGUUCCGGAUGUAUGUAGCCGUAAUGACGCCUUACGGCAUCCGCAGAACGUCAAGGAAUCCUGAAAGAGACGUUUACAUCCUUUUCAAUCCAUGGUGUGAAGAUGACUCAGUGUGCCUGGACAACGAGGCAGAAAGAAACGAGUAUGUCUUGAAUGAUGUGGGAACCAUUUACUACGGGGAAGCCAGUAACGUGGAAACCAGGCCCUGGAUUUUUGGUCAGUUUGAAUACGGUGUUUUGGAUUCCUGCCUCUAUGUAAUGGACAACGCACAGAUGCCUCUGACUGGAAGGAAAGACCCUGUCAAAAUCAGUCGUGUAGCAUCUGCCAUGGUGAACUCAAAGGAUGAUGAUGGGAUUGUUGUGGGCAGCUGGUCUGGCGAUUACUUGUAUGGCGUGGCUCCAACAGCCUGGACUGGCAGUGUUGAUAUCCUGCUCAAUUAUGCCAAUAGUGGGGUCCCAGUGUGCUACGGGCAGUGCUGGGUCUUUGCUGCUGUCUUCAAUACCUUUCUGCGCUGUCUGGGGAUACCUGGCAGGGUUGUCACUAAUUUCUUCUCAGCUCACGACAAUGAUGGGAAUUUAAAAAUGGACGUAAUUCUGGACGAGAAUGGACAAUUUAUGCCCUCUUUAACAAAGGACUCAAUCUGGAAUUACCACUGCUGGAAUGAGUGCUACAUGUCCAGACCUGACAUCCCAGUUGGCUUUGGUGGAUGGCAGGUAGUAGAUGCAACUCCUCAGGAAACAAGCGAUGGAAUGUACAGAUGUGGUCCAGCUUCAGUCAAAGCUAUAAAACAUGGUCAGAUAUGUUUUAAAUAUGAUGCUCCAUUUAUUUUUGCUGAGGUUAACAGCGAUGUUGUUUACUGGAAGAGGAUGAGGGAUGGGACGCAACAACCCAUUAAAGUCAACAAGAAUCAUGUGGGACAGAUGGUAUUGACAAAGGAAGUUGGCCGGGAUGAAAUAAAGAACAUUACUGAUCAGUAUAAAUUCCCAGAAGGAACUGAGGAGGAAAGGCUGGCUGUGGAUGCUGCAGUGAUGUAUAACCUGAAACGGACACAAAUCACUGAACAGCCGACGGUGGUUGACAUGGAUGUGCGUGUGCAGGAGAGCGUGUUGAUCGGGAAUGACUUCAAUCUGACAUUGGAAUUCAAGAACCGCACUGGACAACGCCAAACUUUGGUCAUCUACGUUAAUGGAAACAUUGUGUUCUAUACGGGGGUCACCAAAACGGAAUUUAUGUCUAAAUCACUUGAGUUCACUUUGGGGCCUUGGGAGACUAAGACUGAGAACGUAUUUGUAGAAUCAAAGAAGUACAUAAACAAGCUGGUAGAGCAGGCAACUCUGCACUUCAUCAUCACUGGACGUGUCAAUGACGACACGCAGAUUCUCACAGCACAGCACGUCGUCCCUCUGCAGAUCCCAAGACUCACUAUCAAGAUAGAAGGUGUGCCGAAACUAAAUGAGGAAAUGUCUGCGACUGUUGAAUUUACAAAUCCUUUGAAGAAAAACCUGGAAGAUGUCUCCAUACGCCUGGAGGGGCCUGGGCUGAUGAAAACCAAACUGAAGAUGUACAGCAUCAUCCCACCAAAUUCCUCUCUCACAUGGACGGAGUAUUUUAGGCCCUCAAAAUCGGGUGUGAGGAAGCUAGUCGCCUGCCUGGACUGUGCAGCUCUUCACCAAGUACUUGGGGUGACUGAAAUCUAUGUUAAUCCAUGAGGAAAAUAACCAAUAUACUCAUGAGAUUAAACAAAUAGCUAUCAAUAUCAAUGGAAGGUUCUAGAUCAUGUAUAACAUCAGUAUUUCCGUUGUCAUAAGAUAUUACCAAGUAAUUCUGUAUUGUUUCAUGGUAUUACCCUAAACCUAGUCUCAAUCCUAAUCGUAACCUGGUCACUAUUAACAGUUAUUACUAUGUAACAGGGAAAAUGCCUGAUAAAUACCACAAUAAUUACCACCAUUUCUGUUUAAUAUAAAGCUUGAUCCAAUUUUACUUAAAAAAUGAUUUAAAUGAAAACAGAUUUUGGUAAGAAUGCACCAUCCUUCUGGUGUAUGUUUUCUAUUAAGAAAUUGAGGUUUGUCUAUAAUAUUUAAAUCAAAUAAUAAAUACAAAAAAACUAACAAAUAAAAAUAAAAAUAAAUAAAAAUAAAUAAAAAAAAACACCAAUACUUAUUGAGUAUAGUAAUAUAUCCUGAUAAUUAAUCCUACAGUAAUUUCCCUAUUUUCGAUGGAGGUUAGGGUAUGUGGAAUGAUAAAAAAGGCGAAUAAAAGUAUUUGGCGAUUAUAUUCAUCUACAUAGGCUGACAGUACAAACCUACAUCUAUUCUUUGGACCAGCAAAUAUAACUUUGUAGGAGGAAUGUGAAGGCUUGCUUUUGUUACGUAAAUGCUUUAAGUACUAGCUGAGAAAUAAGCGUUAAUUUACUCUAUGGCAAGUAAUACUUUUUUAAUUUCUAGAACGUAGUGGGUUUUAUUAAUGUGCUAUAAAAUGCUUACUGCAAUGUAUUGGGACAUAUCUGUACUUACCUUAACAUUUUACUCCCUGUCUGUUUUAUUAAUUGUUGAAAUGCAUAUUGCAUGUAUUGGCAUAUCACCAUAUAAAAAUAUUUGUUCUCAUUGUCA